GGCUCUUCAAUCUGUCUCAGGCUCCUCACAUAUUUCCUCUGCUCGAAAAGAAACAGUUUCCCAUUUACUAGUUCCAAAGCACUCAUUUCAUUUAUCACUUUCCAAAAAUGGCAGCUUUUUCAUAUAACAACCCUGCCCUUGUUGACUCCACCUCAUUCCUCUUCCCAAACACUCCUUUGCUUCUCCCAAGCUAUGAUAACAACAAUAAUGAUAAUAUUAUCAAUAAUAAUGGUAGGAUUUGUGGUUUCUUGGGAGAUAUAAACAACUCUUUUCCUUGCUUUUCUCAACCAUUCUAUCCUGCUGCUCAGGGUCCUCUUCAAGAGGUGUCAUCUUUGAAUGUUAGCAGCACUACUAAAGUUUCUUCUCUCAGCAACUCUUCAUCUAUGGUGACUGAUCAAAAUCAGAACAACAUGAUUCCUGAUAGUUCUCUGGAGCCUCACAAGAAGAGAAAGUCCAGUUCUAAGUUCAAUUCCGCUCAGUCCAAGGACACGAGUGAAGUAAUAGAAAAAGGAAAGAAACAGAGGAGAAGCAGAGGGGGAGCUGAAAAGAAAGAUGAAGAGAUCAAUAAGAAUAAUAACGUGGAAAAAGGUAAAGAAGAAAAAGAAGGAGCUCCAAGUGGUUACAUUCAUGUUAGAGCAAGGAGGGGCCAAGCUACAGAUAGCCACAGCCUUGCUGAAAGGGUAAGAAGAGAAAAGAUCAGUGAGAGGAUGAAGAUGUUGCAAGCUCUUGUGCCUGGUUGUGACAAGGUAACAGGCAAAGCCCUUAUGUUGGAUGAAAUUAUCAACUAUGUCCAGUCCCUACAGAAUCAAGUGGAGUUCCUUUCGAUGAAGCUAGCUUCCAUGAAUCCCAUGUUCUAUGACUUUGGAUCAGACAUGGAGACAAUUAUGAUCAAACCCGAGAGUGUUAGCUUUGAAGCACAACAGGCAGAUUGCAGCCCACCUCAGUUCACAACAAACACCUUCACCCCAGCUAAUAACUAUCCUCUUCUAGACUCUUCGGGUUCACUUCUACUUCAACAUGGCCAAAUGCCAGAAAUCCCCCAUCAGGGUAAUGGACAGCUAUCAUGGGACUCCAAUGAACAUAGACAAAAAAUUAUGAGUCAAUCAGGGUUCCCCAACAACUUGUGUUCUUUUCAUUAAAAUCUAUCUACCCUACAAACAAACUUAUGUCAUGGAGGAGUAUGGUCCGGGGUAAUUGAAGUGGAUUAAAGCUGAAGUUAAAGGUUGUUGACAACUCUAGGAUACAUAUCAGCUGGCUUGAUGGAUAAAUGGAGAAUGCAAGGGUGACAAAGAGGUGGGGUCCCGGGGCCCAGGACAAGAAAUAACCGACCAAAUAAGACUAGAUCUUUUGAAAGAUCCUUUGGUUCGAUCCCAGUUUGUUAGAUUUCUCUAGAGUUGCCUUCAUUUCAUUUGUAUAGCUUCAUAUGUACCAUGUUUUUAUAGCCAGCAGCUAGCUUCAUUGCUCUAUGUAAUCAUUCCUUUUUAUAUGCACUAGUAGCCAUUUUGAUCCAAUUUAUUUGUUUAUAAAGAGAGUCUUCUUAUCAA